UGUCAAGCAAAGCUGAGCAAACAAAAGCUGCUUCUGCACACACACCUUUAAAUUUUCUUUCCACUUCCACAAAAUAAUUUUCUCUCUCUUUCUUCCACUUUCUGGCCUGCCAAACACUCCCUACACUUUCUUUCAGCAUCUGCUUUCUCACUCACCUGUACAUACAUUUUGCUACUCGCUUGCUUACUUCCUUCUGAGGUGCGCAUCAGCUAAACUAAUGUCUGGAUGAUUUUUGAAGCCUAAACGCUGGGAUUUUGCUUUUAGGAUCAUUUCGAAUAUCAAUAUCUGAACCUGGAUCGCAAAUAAUGUCGCAGAAGUCUCCUGCCGUGCCUUCCUUCCAAUCGAUCAAGUCGUUGCCUGUUGAUUUUAAGUUCACAGGGAAUGUAUCAAGAUCUGAUCGGUUGGAUAACGCAGAUGAUGUCAUUACAGAAAAUAGUGUUGCUAUCUGUUCAAGUAUUCAUGAAGUUGAUGAUAGUUCAGGGGAUGGGGCAGUCGAUGGAGAAGUAGAUACUGUUGGGAAUGAUGUCUGUGAGGAUUCACCUUAUGGUGGACAUGCCAUUUCAGUGGAAGAGAGGCCUUCUAUGGGAGAUGAGGACUUGGACACUGUUGCUUUGCCUUCACCUUCAGUCUCGACAUCUCAUACUGAACGCAGGUGGUCUGACACCACAUCCUACCCUUCAAAAAAGAAACUCCAAGCUUGGUUUCAACUUCCGAAUGGGGAUUGGCACCUGGGAAAAAUUAUAUCAACUUCAGAGACUGAGUCUGUCAUUUCACUAUCAGAUGGAAAAGUUUUAAAAGUGAAAUCUGAAAGUCUGGUUCCAGCAAAUCCCGAUAUUCUUGAUGGUGUGGAUGAUCUCAUGCAACUCAGUUACUUAAAUGAGCCGUCGGUUCUGUACAACCUUCAGUAUAGAUACGAUCAAGAUAUGAUUUAUACAAAAGCAGGGCCAGUGUUGGUUGCCAUCAAUCCCUUCAAGAAAGUUCCUUUAUAUGGAAAUGAUUUUAUUGAAGCCUAUAAGAAUAAAUCUGUUGAAAGCCCACAUGUAUAUGCCAUUACAGACACAGCCAUCAGGGAAAUGACACGAGAUGAAGUGAAUCAAUCAAUCAUUAUAAGUGGUGAAAGUGGAGCUGGAAAAACUGAGACCGCAAAGAUAGCAAUGCAAUAUUUGGCUACUCUUGGUGGUGGUAGUGGGAUAGAACAUGAAAUUUUGAAAACUAAUCCCAUUUUAGAAGCUUUUGGCAACGCAAAGACAUUGAGGAAUGACAAUUCAAGUCGUUUUGGAAAAUUGAUCGAAAUUCAUUUCAGUGAAACUGGAAAAAUAUCGGGUGCCAAAAUUCAAACUUUUUUGCUUGAAAAGUCCAGGGUGGUUCAGUGCAUGGAGGGAGAAAGAUCUUACCAUAUAUUUUAUCAGCUUUGUGCUGGGGCUUCACCUACUCUCCGAGAGAAGAUAAACUUGAUGAGUGCAAGCGAGUAUAAAUAUUUGAGGCAAAGCAAUUGCUACUCAAUUAAUGGAGUCAAUGAUGCUGAACAAUUUGGCAUUGUCAAGGAAGCUUUAGAUACUGUUCAUGUCAGCAAGGAAGACCAGGAAAGUGUAUUUGCAAUGCUCGCAGCUGUACUAUGGUUGGGAAAUAUCUCAUUUACUAUUGUCGAUAAUGAAAAUCAUGUUGAACCUUUGACUGAUGAAGGUCUAACUACUGUCGCCAAAUUGAUUGGAUGUGAUGUUGGGGCUCUUAAGCUAGCUUUAUCGACUCGCAAAAUGAGAGUUGGUAAUGACAACAUCAUCCAAAAGUUGACUUUAUCACAGGCAAUUGAUUCAAGAGAUGCUUUGGCGAAGUCAAUCUACGCUUGUUUAUUUGAUUGGUUGGUCGAGCAAAUCAAUAAGUCUCUUGCAGUUGGCAAAAGGCGAACCGGAAGAUCUAUCAGCAUUCUUGAUAUUUAUGGAUUUGAAUCAUUUAAAAGGAAUAGUUUUGAACAAUUUUGCAUAAAUUAUGCAAAUGAGAGAUUGCAGCAACACUUUAACCGCCAUUUAUUCAAGUUAGAGCAAGAGGAAUAUAUUCAGGAUGGCAUUGACUGGGCAAAAGUCGAUUUUGAAGACAAUCAAGAUUGUCUUAAUCUUUUUGAAAAGAAACCUGUGGGCCUAUUAUCUUUGUUAGAUGAGGAAUCCACUUUUCCAAAUGGCACAGAUUUGACAUUUGCCAACAAGCUGAAGCAGCACGUACACUCUAAUUCAUGUUUCAGAGGAGAGCGAGGCAAAGCUUUCACAGUGUGCCAUUAUGCGGGGGAGGUUACAUAUGAUACCACAGGAUUUUUGGAGAAGAAUAGGGACUUGUUACACUUAGAUUCCAUUUACCUAUUGUCGUCAUGCUCAUGCCAUCUUCCUCGGAUCUUUGCUUCCAGUAUGCUUGCCCAAUCAGAGAAGCCUGUGGUUGGUCCUUUAUAUAAAGCAGGUGGAGCAGAUUCUCAAAAGUUGAGUGUUGCUACUAAGUUCAAGAGUCAACUAUUCCAAUUGAUGCAACGCCUAGAGACUACGACUCCGCAUUUCAUACGCUGCAUAAAACCCAACAACUCUCAGUCUCCUGGGUCAUAUGAGCAAGGACUAGUAUUGCAGCAACUGAGAUGUUGUGGAGUCCUAGAGGUGGUUCGUAUAUCAAGGUCCGGUUUUCCUACCAGAAUGUCGCAUCAGAAGUUUGCCAGAAGAUAUGGGUUUCUUCUGCUGGAAAAUGCUGCAUCGCAGGAUCCACUUGGUGUUUCAGUUGCCAUUCUUCACCAGUUCAAUAUAAUGCCCGAGAUGUAUCAAGUUGGCUACACAAAAUUGUUUUUCCGCACUGGUCAGAUUGGCGUGCUCGAGGAUACAAGGAACCGUACUCUUCAUGGUAUUUUGGCUGUUCAAAGCUGUUUUAGGGGGCACCAAGCUCGCCGUUAUCUUGGAGAGCUUAAAAGAGGAAUUGCCACCCUUCAGUCAUUUGUUCGAGGAGAAAAAAUCAGAAAGGAAUAUGGAGUCUUGCUACAAAGACAUAGAGCUGCUGUUGCUAUACAAAGGCAAGUAAAAAGCUCAAUCUCUAGGAAAAGAUACAAGGACAUACAUGAGGCUUCAAUUGUGAUACAAUCGGGUGUUCGUGGAUGGUUGGUCAGAAGAUGUUCAGGCAAUAUAGGUUUAUUGAUACAUGGGGGAACUAAGGGCAACGAGUCAGCUGAGGUGUUGGUGAAAGCAUCAUAUCUUGCUGAAUUACAGCGAAGAGUAUUAAAAGCUGAGGCUGCCCUAAGAGAGAAAGAGGAGGAGAAUGAUAUUCUCCACCAGCGGCUCCAGCAAUAUGAGAGCCGUUGGUCUGAAUAUGAGCUAAAAAUGAAGUCCAUGGAAGAAGUGUGGCAGAAGCAGAUGAGAUCCCUGCAAUCGAGUCUCUCGAUUGCAAAGAAGAGCCUUGCCAUUGAUGAUUCUGAGAGAAAUUCUGAUGCGUCGGUCAAUGCAAGUGACGAAAGGGACUGGGACUCGGGGAGUAACUACAGGAGUCAGGAAACUAACGGGCAUAGUGCGAGACCAAUGAGUGCAGGUUUGAGUGUUAUAAGUAGGUUGGCUGAAGAAUUUGAGCAAAGAAGCCAAGUAUUUGGAGACGAUGCAAAGUUCUUGGUGGAGGUAAAAUCAGGCCAAGUAGAAGCAAGUUUGAAUCCGGACCGUGAGCUCAGAAGGUUGAAGCAGAUGUUUGAAGGUUGGAAGAAGGAUUACGGAACAAGGCUACGGGAAACAAAGGUGAUAUUGAACAAACUAGGAAAUGAAGAUGCCGGGCUUGACAGGGCGAAAAAGAAAUGGUGGGGAAGGAGGAACAGUGCCAGGUAUACUUAACUUAAUUAUAUUAUUUGUGGUAAUUUUGUGAGGGUUGGUGCUUUAUUUGGUUGUUGGCUCCUGGCUAUUGAAUACAUAAUUAUAUAUGGUGAUACAAACUCACUUGGUUGUCUUACCAGCCAUUAUUGAAUGUCAAAUUUAUAUGUAUAUCAUUUUUAUUUUGUGCUUUUAUUCAA